AUGCCUCAGAUGAUACCUUCAGACUGGCUGACCAGCAUACAGCCUCAUCUGGAACGGCAGACACCUAUUUGGGUCACUUUCCUUGCUUUCUCCGUCCCUUAUUCCAUAUGCUACCUCGUUCAUCUGCCGAAUACUCGGCUCCUGCGGAUGGGUCUCUGGCCGAUAGGUAUCAUGGCCUUCAUGUGGACCACUCUGACCAUACGCAUUGGGCUGGUCCACUCCAUGCGGGUGGGAUUGACCACGAUGAUGUUUAAUAUUGGCGCCGGGACCCGCUGGGCCUUCUCCCCGACCCCUCCGCGGUAUCAUCCCCUGCCCCGGCAAGUCCUUUGGCCCCGUCUUCGGCGUUCGACCGCAUUCAAAGCGUUUGAUCUCCUUCUCAACGAGAGCAGACACGUCAAUAUCGCUCCAUUCUCUGGACCUCUGAAACGUUUCCCGGGUCGAUACGUUCCACUUCGUCGAGCAUUGACUCACUGGCUCUUCUUCAUCCUCAAUACAAUGGUCUUUGACCUGGCGUCUUACCCUGCUUUCCUCCUCGCUCCAAAGUCGUUCGGAUCGCCCAACGGAGUCGGAGGAGACUACCAUCAAUGGUGUGAAACACUUUCGAAACAGUGGGGCGUGCCUGCCUUUGCGGUGAACAUGUUCUGGACACUGUGUCUCUUUGUUCAAGAGACUGCUGGCUUUGUGGUCGUCUGGGAUGCUAUCGCCUUUUUGGGAAUAGCUACUGGAGUCUAUAUACCGGAAGAAUGGCCAAGAUUGACGGUGAACAUCUUCAGAGCGACUAGUUUGAAUGAUUUGUGGGGAAAACGAUGGCAUCAGACCAACCGGGACUUCUACCUCCUUCUAGCCAAGCCAUUUGCGUUCAAUCGCCCACUUCACAUCCUAACCAUUUUCUUCAUCUCCGCAUUAUACCACCUCGUGACCUACUACCCUGUUCACCAUACCAUUUAUCCAGCUUGGCCAUACCUCCUUUUCUAUCUCGGCCAAGGGGUCUGCUGCAUACUUGAAAGAGGGUACUACAAGUAUACUGGGCGGAAAGUAUCCGGAUUCUCAGGCAUGAUCUGGACGUGGGCCACUGUCUUUGUCCUGAGUCGACCGAUGGUCGCCCACGAGUGGUCCUCUGGCUGGGCCGGAGCGAUGAGAGAUUCAUUAGCCAAAGAUCCCAAUUCUUCACCAAUCGUCCAGAUUUUUCAUCGUUUGGGUCUAGGUCCAUCUCCAGAGCAGAUGAAAGCUAGUAUGAUCUAG